CAGAAACACUUUCGUGUCUUACACUAUCCACAAAUCCCAGCACGAUGGAAAAUCCAGGUUCGUUAUCCAUCCUUUACUGUUCCUUCCAUUCGAAGCCUCGGUCGCAAUGGAUAUCCAGGAGGGCAGCCUAACGCCGGUAUAUGAUGAGCAUUAAUUGACUUCAAAUCAGUCGCCGAGAUUCCGGUCGUCAUCCGCCUGCUCACGCAGGGUACUCCGUCCAUCCAAGAAAAAGCGAUUAACCGAUACUUCACGUCGUCGGCUUCAUUCGUCCACCCUUUCUGCCAUGUCUGGAGCUACAAUGGCAGCCGCUGGGCCAUUCAGAAGAUCUACCAGUGGUAUAAGAUCAUGUCGCCGCGGGUAGAAGUUGAGAUUCAUUCCGUCGCGUUCGACGAAAGUAACCUCAAACUCUACGUCAAUAUGUCCCAGAUCUUCACCAUCUGGAUCGUCCCAUUCCAUGUGGCCCCCGUGACCCUCACGACGGUGCUCGAUCUCACGACCGAAUCGGGCGACAGGGGGGUGACGAACGGCGAGAGAACGCUCUACUAUGUCAAGCAGCAGGAGGAUCUGUAUCAGACGACGCAUUUCGUGAAGUUUUUGCUGCCUCACAUCGGCGCGUGGAUGGUGUCGUUCUUCCAGUUCUUUGCGACGCUGUUUUGUAUCUGCGGGGCGUGGCUGCUUUGGCCGUUGAUUUGGUUGGAGGAGAACGGAUAUGUUCCGAACUAUUUGCUGACCGGGGGGAAUAUCGCAUAUGAUAUCCAGCAGAAGGUCGAUGAGAUUAAAAAGGAUUGAAUUCUUUUCCUUUUGCUUUGCUUGUAUUAUUGUUAUUAUCAAAAUAUGCGAGGAGUCUAGGUUGUUUUUAUUUAACCGGGAAGGAGGCAAUCCAAUCUUGAUAUCAGCACAUGCAAAGCAC